CCAAUGGGGGAGGGCGCAAGCCGACGCGUCGGGUCUAUGCGCGCUGUGGAUUCUAGACGCAGAAGAGGGCAACUGCGAGCGUGAACUUUUACCGACAGACUCAGGGAGCUUAGUCGUUUCGGCAGUCACGAAAGCUUCAAUUACAAAUUGAUUCUCAUCUCGUUCGACGGAGCGCAGAGAGAGAGAGGGGGAACGUCGGCCAUGGCAGGUGACAAGGUGUGCGACUACUUUCCCCAGACAGAGGUGGUGACCUUUGACCAAGCCAAUCCCUCGGCAAUUCUUGCCAAGAUCAACGACCUCAACAAAAAAGUGCCCCAGCUCCUCCGCGCUUCGGACAGCGACCUCCGGGAUCUGCUCUCCCUCAUGGAAUGCGCCACUAACCCCGGGAGGGAGGACGCGGUCACAGAGACCCAGCUCGACGCGCUGGAGCUCCUGCUCAGCUGGCCGGAUGAGUUUCUCUUCCCCGCGCUGGACAUACUUCGCCUCUGCCUGCGCCUGGACGUCCCCAACAAGCACUUCCUGGGGGCCGCCUGCGGCCCGGCGCAGCUCUCCCGCCUCCUGGCGCUGACCUCGGCGCCCAAAGCCGGCGCCGCCGCCCCGAUGCUGGCGCUGCGAGCGCUCUGCAACGCCUGCAGCCGCGACCCCGGGCGGCGGCUGAUGCGAGAGCGGCGCUCGCGGGUGGUGGAGGGGGCGCUGGAGCUCGUCGGCUCCGACAACCGCAACGUGCAGGUCGCGCUGGCCACGCUGCUGCUCAACUACGCCGUCCUGCACAGCGAGCCCUCCUCCUCCUCCUCCUCCUUCUUCUCCGCCAUCGUCGCGUCCAGGAACGCCGACGACGACGACGAGGCCACGACCCAGCUGCUGUCGGCGGCUGUGGCGCUGCUGGAGCGGCGGCCGGACGCCGAGGCGGCGUUCCGGCUGCUCGUGUGCGUCGCCACGCUGCUGCUACGCGGCGGCGACGUCGCCCGGAGGCUGAGCGACGCGCUGGGGGUGAGGGCCCACGCCGAGCGCUGCGCCGGCCUGCCGGGGGCCCCGGCCAAGCUCACCGAGUGCGCGCGCUCGCUGCUGGCCUUCCUGUGAUCGGCGCGGGUUUUUAGCGGUUUGGCGGUUGCUGGCAGUUUUUGGCGGUUGGGUGGGUUGGUGGUUGGGUGG